AUGGCGGUCGAUUCAUCCGACUCCUGGUGGUUCAACCAACUCCAUCCCCAUCUGGACGAUCCCUCGGCCGACAUCUGCAUCCAUUGCCUGAAUAACGAUUAUCUCUUUGCCCAUUCCGAUGUCAUCCAUGAGAUUUGGCCUCAAUUACUGAUAAAAGCAGAGCCUGUCGACCCGAAAUCUUGUGACCAAAAGAUGUCUUCUGAAUGGAAACACAUCCGGAGACAGCACUUUAUGAUCCUGUUGGAUAAAAAUACGGUAAUUUUGAUGUUCUUUUAAUGAAAAUUUACAUAUUUAAGCUCAAUUACCUCCUGGAAUUAUGCUAUGGUCGAUUAGAGAAAGAGUUCAUUAAGAAUGAAUACUUUUACAAGCAAAUCGAGAUGGCCGUGAACUUCUGUCCCCUGGAUGAUUCCAAGAUCUCGGUCUUCCAUGGUCAAAGUUUCAAAGAUUUUCAUUUGAAUCUUUUGAUCAGCCAAUUGAAGGAUCAGGACAUGAUUCUCAAGUACAUUAUGCUCUUAAAAUACGAUAAACCAAAAGCUAAAGAGGUGUGUACACGCAUCUUUUACACGUAAUCAAUUUAGAAUUCCUGUUCACUUGCUGACUUAUUUGGUUACUGUAUUUUAGCUAAUUCCCCAGCUCACUUACUGUCUCUACAACCUCAUCAAAUCAAAUGGAAUGGCUCUAAUUCAAUUUACCAGGAUCGAAAUCGACGAAGUACUCCAGUUAUUGUCCAACGAUUCUCUCCACAUCAACAGCGAAGCCAAAGUUUUGGAAUUAAUUUUGCUUUUCAUUGCCCAGAAUGAAAAAGGAGAGGAUGACAGGCUCACAAUGGCCAAAAAGCUGAUUCCAGCUGUGAGAUUUAACGAAAAUAACUUUCAAGAAAAAGCCCCGGAGGUAAAAAUUAUAUUACUUAUUACAUUGUAUUAGACUUGAUGAUUUUAGCAUCCAAAAUAAUUUUUUUAGCUGAUCGCAAAGAAAGAGAUGACAUUGGAGAAUCUAAAUCAAUUUCUGGAUCCAAAUAAACCUACCACUCGAUUGCCGAGGGACUUUCUGAUCAUCUAUGGAGGCUGGUUGGACAAACCGACCAGAAUGUGCCAAGUCUUCGCCAGACAUCAAAAUAAAUUUCUGGAGACCAAUUUCCUUGCGGAUAGAAGUCCUUUGGCCUAUCAUAUCCUUGUGGAAAUGAGACAGGUAAUUUGAAAUUAACACCAUUUUUUUUUAAAUAAAUUUGAUAUCAUGUGUAACAUAAUCUUUUAGACAAUUUAUCUGAUUGGUGGCUAUAACAAUGAAGAGUACCUGAAGAAAGUGAGGAAACUGAAAGAUGGAGCGUCUGAAUGGGCGUCUUGCCCGAGUAUGUUCGCCCCGAGAUGCUAUGCUUCGGCUUGCACCGACGAUGAGAGAUGGAUCUACGUUUGUGGAGGCUAUAAUGGACGUCGACGACUUCGGUCGGUCGAGAAGUUUGAUGCCAUUGAAGAGAAAUGGUACAAACUCCCGCCCAUGCACCAUCAUCGAUCGGACGCGGCGGCUGCGUACUUCAAGGGACGAGUAAUUGUGGCCGGGGGAUUCAACGGGGAGACGGUAAUGCCGUUUGUCGAGAUCUAUUGUGAGGAGACACGGCAAUGGAGUGAGGUCUGGAAUAUGAAUACUCCGAGAUCCGGGCUCUCGAUCGUCCCAUUUGAGGAUAAAUUGUAUGCAAUUGGAGGGUACACGUCGGGGGAGAUCACGGAUACGGUUGAAGUGUUGUAUGAUACUCAUGGAGCGUGGAGAGAACAGACAAAACUCAAUCAGAAAAGGUACGGGCAUCCAGGGGUGGUCAGCGGACCCUAUUUUUCCGAUUUUCGGCCCGCGGCCCGGCCCGUCUAAUUACCGGCCCGGCCCGGCCCGUGCAGGCCCGUUUAUAGAGGGUUCUGCGAACUGCGCCCAAGCUUGGGAUCUAAACUUAGGCAAAAAAGGCGUUGAUAUAGCUAGUAAAGGAUCAAUGUGAUAGUUUUGUGGUUUUAUAAUGGAACUAUAGACUUGUAAACGUUUUAGAACUUGAGAAACAGCAACUAUAACAACAUCAAUUAAUUUUCCCGGCGCGAAAACAAUGAAUGCCAACGGUUUGGCAUUUUGGCAUUGUAAUUUAGACGGGCCGGGCCGGAAAAAACCCCAGGCCCGCGGCCCGGCCCGGCCCGUGACGGGCCCGGCCCGUUUGUAAUUUUCCAUUUUUGAGCCCGGCCGGCCCGUCACGGGCCGGCCCGGCCCACUGACCACCCCUGCGGGCAUCUCCGGAGCGGGAGGCCGCGCAAGAUUGACAACUUGAGCCAAGUGUUUCCCUAUUUGAGCCAAGUUUUUCCCUAUUUGAGUCAAGUGUUUCCCUAUUUAAGGCAAGUGUUUCCUUUCAGAUCCAACUUCUCCGCAAUCCAAUAUGAUGGAAAUCUGUAUGUCAUGGGAGGUCACGAUGGGACUUCUACAACCAAAUCAGUGGAAGUUCUCAGAGCCGGCUCCAAUACAUUUGAAGCCGGUCCGGAUCUUCUGGUCAAGUGCUCAGCCUUCAGAACGGCCGUUCUUCGAAACUGGAACUCCAUCAAAUUUGUGGAUGAUAAGAUGAUAUCGGAUUGUUUGGACGAGGAAAUCGAGGUGUCUGAAGUCGGAAUGGAUCUGAUCCCGGAGGAAGAUGAAGCCAUGGCUAUGGAUGAUGACUUGUAG